CGACACAACUCAACCUCGAGAGGAUUCCACCGACUGAUUCGCUUAUUUCUAGAACCGCUCUGCAGCAAGCCCAGCGCGACCCCGCCAUAGUUCGCUGCACAGUCGCUCGCUGCGGACGAAAGACGUCGCACCCCAUCUUCCGCACACCAUGGCCGACGAUGCCCCCGUCGAGGAUGCCCAGAUCACCUUCAACGUCAAGGCCGCCAAUGACAAGAAGCAUGUGCUGACCCUGCCGGCCGCUACGACCGUGGCAGACCUCAAGACCAAGCUAUCGUCGUCCGAAUACGCAGACAUCCCGCCCGAGCGCCAGCGCCUGAUCUACUCUGGCCGCGUUCUCAAGGACCACGACACGCUCGCGAGCACAAAGAUCAAGGAUGGCCAUACCGUACACCUGGUGAAGGGUGCCGCCAGCAAUGCGCGACAGAACCCAGCGGCGACCGGAAGCUCGACCGGUGGGAGCACGCCGGCGGCGGCGCAGGUCCCUACCAACAUAGCAGCUGGCACGGGAAAUAACCCUCUUGCGGGCCUGACUGGUGCUCGGUAUGCCGGCUUCCACGGGCUCCCGGGGAUGGACACGUUUGGCCCAGAUGGCGGUAUGGGCGGAACCGACCCAAAUCAGCUCCUGCAGAUGAUGGAAGACCCGAACUUCCUGCAGCAGAUGAAUGAGGCCAUGGACAACCCCGCGGUCAUCGAGAUGAUGCAGAACAGCCCAAUGGUCCGCAACAACCCCAUGGUCGCCGAGAUGCUGCGGAACCCCGAGCUGCGAAGAGCAAUGUUCAACCCAGAGAUGAUGCGCAUGCAACUCCAGAUGCAGCGCGCGAUGAACCAGAACGGCGGCGGCGGCAGCUUUCCCAUGCCAGGGGCAACCAACACCACCCCCCAGAACUCGACCGGAGCGCAGGAUCAGAGCUCGAACGCGGCAUCACUCUACGAGAACCAGCUCAGGCAGUUGAAUGAGAUGGGCUUCUACGAAUUCGAGCGCAACGUGACGGCUCUGAGGCGGAGUGGAGGCAACGUGCAGGCUGCGAUUGAGUUCUUGCUAGGUGGAGGGUCAUAGCGUGAUCGGGGUACUCAGACUCAGGCUGAUUGGCAGACCUGUGACAGUGACGAUGAGACGCUUCAGGGCGACAGUGACAUAUUUUUCGACUAUUACGAUCCUGAAAGCGGCGAAAGCAGUUUCGACGUCAGCAGCG